AUGAGCGGCUAUGCGCGUCGAAAGUUUGAUCCACACCCCUCCCCCCACCCCCCCACCCCACCUUCUCCCCCCUUCCACCUCUCCCCAUUCACUCCCCGCCCUCUCUUUCUGCUUUCCCCUGCAGUGGCCUCCGCCAAGAACCCGCUUUUCAUCGUCCGCCUCCGCUCCGCGCCUCCGCUCACCGCUUAUCACGGCGGGAUUCCCGGAUACCCCGCGACCGCCGUGUGGGCCGAUGACCCCGACGACGACGGCGACGACAACGGCUCGUCUGACGGGCUUAUCGCCACGUCCGCCAAUGCCGCCGUCGCUGCCGCCGCGACUGCCGCUGAAACUGUCGCCGCGACUGCCGCCGCAACCGCCGCUGCCACCAUCGCUAGCGUUAACGUUUCCAGCGGACCCUUCGCCACCGCAGCGUCCGCUGGCGUCUCCGCGGCCACCGCCGCCGCGGGGGGGAACCAGCGUCCGCGCAUCAACAUGCGCGCGGCGCACGUGACGGCAUUCGCGCAGCUGUUGCAGCGGCAGCAGGCGCAAGUCGCGGCGGAGGCGGAGAUCGCGGCGAGCCAGGUCCUCUACAACUUCCGCCAGACCACCAACGGGUUCGCGGCGCCGCUCACGCCCGCGCAGCUGCGGAGAUUAAGGCGCCACCCGUCCGUCGCGUCUGUUCGCCGCAGCCGCGUGUUCCGCAAGCUGACGACCUCGUCCGCGACGUUCUUGGGAUUGCCGAGCACCGUGUGGCCCGCCGUGGGCGGGCGGAGCCAAGCGGGCGCGGGGAUGGUGAUUGGAAUCGUGGACACGGGCGUGUGGCCGGAACACGCGUCGUUCAGCGGAGCUGGCUUCAAAGCAGCACGCCCGGCAGGGUGGGCAGGCAAGUGCCAGAAGACGGCGGACUUCCCAUCGUGCAACAACAAGCUCAUAGGCGCGCGCUACUUUGUGGCGGGCUUCCAGAGCGAGAACGGCCGCCCGGACCUCACGUACGACUGGCUGUCUCCCCGUGAUGCUGCUGGCCACGGCACCUGGUGUGCGGGAGCCGCAGCAGGCAACAGCGGAGUGUCAUUCGGCCAAGCAGGCACGGCCUCGGGCAUGGCGCCAGCAGCACGCCUGGCAGUCUACAAGGUCUUCUGGGUCAGCGGUGGCGACCAGUUCGCUACGGAAGCUGACAUCAUCGCGGCCACCAACCAGGCUGUAGCGGACGGGGUGGACGUGCUCUCGCUCUCUCUGGGCGGCAGCAGCGCCGACGCGACUUACUUUGACGAUAUUCCAUUUCUGAAUGCCAACACUGCGGGCGUGUUUGUGGCGUUUGCGGCGGGGAAUUCGGGGAGGCCGAGCGGGAGUAGCGGCUUCAGCACGUAUCGAAAAAUCAGCAACUUCUCUCCUUUCUACCUCACUGUGGGGGCCAGCACCAUUCAACGAGGAGGAGUGUCUCUCGCCAGGCGGGCACCGACCAGAAAGGCUGCUUCUGCGGGCAAACCUGCUGUGGCCGCUUCAAACCACUCCAGCACACCGCAAUCCGUCUCAUCAACAGCACCCUCUUCCACCACCAAACCCUCCGCCACACAAAGCAAGCCCACCACAACCGCCACAUCUCCCCGCCGCACCGCCGCUGCCGCCGCCCCCGUCGUCGCCUCCUUCUCCUCCUCCGGCCCUCUCGUCCGCCCCUGGACCGCCUCCCAAGGCGCCCAGGCCACCAACGCCAUCUUAAAGCCUGACAUCAUCGGCCCGGGGGUUGCUCUCUUCUCCGCGUGGGUCGGCUCUGACGUAGGCGACAAAGGGAGCUACGCGCAGCUGUCGGGGACGUCGAUGGCGACGCCUCACUUGGCGGGCAUUGCUGCUCUCAUCAUGCAAAAAUACCCUAAGUGGAGCCCCGCGCAGGUCAUGUCCGCCAUUAUGACCACCGCCAUAACCACCAAUAUGGCUGCGCCCAACCCCAAAUCCACGUCACUAUAUAUCGUGCGCCUGCGCUCCGCGCUUCCCCUCGCCGCGUAUCGCGGCGGAAUCGCGAGCUUCUCGGGAUGGACGGACGACGGCGACGAUGCUACCGGUCCGUCAGGUCUGCGCGCGACGGCGGCGACGGUAGCGCACGAGGAGGCGACGUUGGCCGGCAGCAUUCCGCGGCGCGCGCGGCUGAGCAUGGAGAACCCGCAGCUCAAGGCGUACGCGCAGAUGCUCGAGACGCAGCAAAUCGGAGUCGCGUCUGACGUGGGCGUGAAGUCAGACCGCAUUGUGUACAACUACAUGCACGCGAGCAACGGGUUCGCAGCGUCCCUCUCCCCGCAGCAGGCUUGGCUGCUGCAGCGGCACCCGGCAGUGGCGGCAGUGACGCGCAGCCGCAGAGUCACACCACUCACCAUCGACUCGCCCACCUUCCUGGGCAUGCGCGCCCCCGGGUCGCUGUGGCCCGCCAAUGGCGGGCAGGCGAGCGCGGGGAAGGGCAUGGUGAUAGGCGUGGUGGACACGGGCAUCUGGCCGGAACACCCCUCCUUCAGCGAUAAGGGAUUCUCCUCCUCGAAACCCGCCGGCUGGUCGGGGAAAUGCGACACCACGAGCGAGUUCAAGUGCAAUAAUAAGCUCGUCGGCGCACGGGCGUUUUACAAGGGCUUUAAGGCGGACAAUGGCGGGCCGGACCUGACGACCGAUUGGCUGUCGCCUCGGGAUUCGUACGGCCAUGGCACGUGGUGUGCAGGGUACGUGGCUUGGGCUCCCACCGCAUGGGUUUCGAGAUGCCUGAGAGGCUCAGUGGCUUGGGCUGAGAUGCCUCAGCCCACUAUGGUGACUCACCCUGCCUCCACGUAUCCCUCUCUCAUCUCCCCUCCCCCUUCCCACCUCCCCUCCCCCUUCCCACCUCCUCUCCCCCUUCCCACCUCCCCACCCCUGCCUCCCUUCUCUCUCCUCGCCCUGUGCCCCAUCCCUCCCCCCCUCUUCCAUGCCGCGGCAGGCAACAAGGAUGUGCCCAUGGCGGGCGGCAAGGCGAGCGGCAUGGCGCCAGCAGCGCGCCUGGCAAUGUACAAAGUCUUCUGGUUCUCCGAAGGCUCCCUCUUUGCCGUAUCAGCCGACAUCGAAGCGGCAGUCAACCAGGCGGUGGCGGACGGUGUGGAUGUGCUCUCACUCUCGCUGGGCGGCAACGAUCCAACGGACACCUACUUCUCCCACAUGCCGUACCUCGCGGCGAAUCUCGCGGGGGUGUUUGUGUCGUAUGCGGCGGGCAAUGCAGGCCCGUACAGCUCCUUCUCGGGCCGCACACUCGACAACUUCUCGCCGUUCUACCUCACCGUGGGGGCCAGCACCAUAGGCCGAGGCGGUCUAACCCUCAAGGCUGCCACAACAGCAGCGGCAGCUCUCAGCAACUCAACAUCCUCAGCCACCCCAGCAGCCACGGCCUACCCAUCCAUCGCCGAAUUCUCCUCCACAGGCCCCCUCACAGACCCUUCCUUCGACGUCACCGGCGCUCUCCCCACCAACAGCAUCUUAAAGCCCGACAUUGCCGGCCCGGGCGUGGAUCUCUAUGCUGCUUGGCCCGCUGAGAAGGUCGGGAAACCGGGGACUUAUUCCCAGCUGUCGGGGACGUCGAUGGCGACGCCUCACUUGGCGGGCAUUGCUGCUCUCAUCAUGCAGAAGCGCCCCAAGUGGAGCCCCGCGCAGGUCAUGUCCGCCAUUAUGACAACCGCCAAGACCACUGACACUUCUAGUGCUGCUAUCAAGAGUGCGUAUGGCGAGGUUGCUACUCCUUGGGACAUGGGCGCUGGUCAGGUGUUUCCAGCCAAGGUGCUGGAUCCUGGGCUCACGUUUGACGCUCGGGCAGGUGCGUAUCGGAAUUUCCUUGCCGGGCAGAGUAUGAAGCGGGCGCAGAAGGAAUUUCCGGGCGCUAAUCUCACCGCGAUUCCUCCCCGCGAGUUGAAUCGGCCGAGCAUCUCUAUCUCGCGCUUGAAAGGUACGCUGACAGCUACGAGGACCGUGACAAGCGUUGCCGACUCGUCAGCCACAUACACAGCUACCAUCAAGCCUCCUAAAGGAGUGGAUGUUACAGUUUCGCCCAACAAAUUUACAAUUGCGAAAGAUGGGAAGGCCACCUUCACGGUGACCUUCGAGGUGACUAAGACUGCUGAGGACUUUCAGUUUGGAAGCCUAAUAUGGGCCGAUGGUAAAGGGCACUCCGUGAGGAUGGUGCUUGCUGUUCAACCCACCAAGUUGUGA